AUGGGAUCUCAGCCGGAUUACAGCCUCCCGAGCCAGGAGGUGUCAUUUUCGGGCUUUCUGUUUGACAUGGAUGGAACUAUCAUCGACUCUACCCCAGCAAUUGUCAAACACUGGAAUGCAGUCGGUGAGGAAAUUGGUGUCGCCCCUGAAGUCAUCUUGGAGACUUCCCAUGGUCGCCGGAGUAUAGACAUUUUAAAGAUUCUUGCACCUGAAAAGGCCAACUGGGAGUACGUCACAAAGAUGGAGGCCGAGCUCCCAAAGAGAUACGCCGACGACGCCGUCGAGAUCCCCGGCGCUCGCUCGCUCCUCUCUUCCAUCAUCUCCCAUUCCUUUCCCUGGGCCAUUGUAACUUCAGGCACCCAGCCCCUCGUCCGAGGCUGGCUCAAGAAGCUGUCACUCAGCACCCCUGAGCAUCUGAUUUCUGCCGAGGCCGUCGAGAACGGCAAGCCCGAUCCGACGUGCUACCGCAUUGGCCUGGAGAAGCUCGCGCUGCAGGACAAGGCCGGGGAGGUUCUUGUCCUUGAAGAUAGCCCGGCCGGCAUCAGGGCUGGCAAGGCUGCCGGGUGCAAGGUCCUGGGACUGGUAACGAGCCACACUGUGGAACAGGUCGUGGGGGCCGAGCCUGACUGGGUGGUAAAGGAUCUCGAGAGCGUGAGGGUGGUGAAACAUGAGAACGGGAAAAUGACGCUCGAGAUUUCAAACGCGCUGCGUCUUGAGUAA